GUCUUCCACUUGAUAUUAUUGGCAAACCAGCCAGUCAGAGCAGUACUUACGAAGAUUGGACAGCAGACAGAGCAGUUGAUGGAAAUACUGCCACCACUGCCCAUACAAGAGUGUGCUCUGGAUAUGAGUGGUGGAUGGUGGAUCUCGAAGGGAUCUAUUGCCUGACACAAAUCACCAUAGUCAACAGGGGAGACUGCUGUGGGGAAAGACUGACAGGUGCCAUAGUGCGGGCUGGUGUGAACUCGGAUCAGUCACAAAACACACAGAUAGGAGAUCCUGUUACAUCGACUCAAGCUACCGAUGGAGCAGUGAUUGAUUUCAUGGCCAACCUGACUGUGUCUGCUCGAUAUGUUAGUGUGGAAUCGUAUGGGAAUGAAUGCCUUCAGCUAGCUGAAGUAAUGGUUACAACUGAGACGACGAGCAGUAUCAUCGACAUUACUGGAAAACCAACCAGUCAGAGCAGUACUUACCUUGAUUGGUCAGCGAACAGAGCAGUUGAUGGAGAUCCCGACACAAUUUCUCACACAGAAUGCCCCAGUGUUCAGUGGUGGAAGAUUGACCUGCAGGAGAUCUACUCCUUGACGAAAAUCACUCUUGUCAACAGGAGGGAUUGCUGUGGGGAAAGACUGGAAGGUGCCAUAGUGCGGGCUGGUAUGAACUCAGAUCAGUCACAAAACACACAGAUAGGAGAUCCUGUUACAUCGACUCAAGCUACCAAUGGAGCAGUGAUUGAUUUCCUGGCCAACCUGAAUGUGUCUGCUCGAUAUGUUAGCGUGGAAUCGUCUAGGGAUUGUCUUCAACUGGCUGAAGUAAUGGUUGCUACGGACACAACAGGGAGUACCAUCAACCUUAAUGGCAAGCCAGCUAGUCAGAGCAGUACGUAUGUGGAUUCUAGUAUGGAGUGGUCAGCUGACAGAGCAAUUGAUGGAGAUCCCGACACAGCUUCCCACACAGACUGCCCCAGUGUUCAGUGGUGGAAGGUUGACCUCCAAGCGAUGUACUGUUUCACGAAAAUCACUAUUGUCAACAGGAGGGAUUGCUGUGGGGAAAGAUUCGAAGGUGCCAUAGUGCGGGCUGGUGUGAACUCAGAUCAGUCACAAAACACACAGAUAGGAGAUCCUGUUACAUCGACUCAAGCUACCGAUGGAGCAGUGAUUGAUUUCAUGGCCAACCUGACAGUGUCUGCUCGAUACGUUAGCGUGGAAUCGUCUAGGGAUUGUCUUCAACUGGCUGAAGUAAUGGUUUCUACUAAAGCAAACA